UUUCACGGAAUGACUUUUAUUCUGAAAUGCGGCUGUGAGCGUGAAUGCGGAAAGAACCCGUGUAUUUUUACCCGUGAAAUGCUGUUGCAGUGAGAGCUAUCAGACAGCCCGGCGGAGGAGCUGAGUUUGAGGCUCAUGUAGCCCGCGCUGUGGCAGCUGUCGGCUGAUAGGACCUACACAGGGGAGACGGUUGUGGGGCGGAGAGGAACCAUGCCGACCUUGUUUUUGCCCCUCUCUCGCCUCGCCAGAAGCGGGAGUGGCGUUGGGAAGCUGCUGGCUCGCUGUACGGCUCUCCACCCGCCUGGCGGGACAGGGGUUUCUGAGAAAUGUCAACCGGCGUACCGAAACCUAACCUCCCCGGCACAGCUCUCCACAGCCGGCAUGAGCACCAGCUCCGCGGACGGAGACCUGACCAGCUGGCUGUGGUCUGUUUACAAUGAAACCAAACGGCAGACUGAAGAUUUAAUCCCAGCAAUAUCGAACAACUUUGUGAAUCCAGACACCAUCUUCUCCAACAAUGAGAUGAGCUUGCAGGAUAUUGAAAUCUAUGGCUUUGACUAUGACUACACUUUAGCCUUCUAUUCCAGCAAUCUCCACACCCUGAUCUUCAACAUCGCUCGGGAUAUUCUCAUCCAAGAGCACAGGUACCCAGAGGGACUGAAAGAGUACGAGUACAUCCCUGAUUUUGUGGUUCGGGGGCUGCACUAUGAUGUUCAGAAGGCUUUACUGAUGAAGAUAGAUGCUUUUCAUUAUAUCCAGCUUGGAACAGUAUAUAGGGGACUUCACCCUGUCUCAGAUAAAGAAGUCAUUGCUAUGUAUGAGGGCUGCCACGUCCCUCUGGAGAUCAUGAGUGACUUUUAUGGCAAGAGUUCCCAUGGGCACACUAUGAAGCAGUUUAUGGACAUCUUCUCUUUGCCUGAGAUGACCCUGCUGUCAUGUGUUAAUGACUACUUCAUGAAGCACAACAUCGACUAUGAGCCUGUGCAUCUCUACAAAGAUGUCAAGGAGGCCAUAGGAGAUGUCCAUGUAAGGGGAAUUAUGUAUCGGGCAGUUGAGGCAGAUAUUGAGAAGUACAUCUGUUACGGUGAACAGACCCAUGCGGUUCUAAGAAAGCUUUCAGAAAAUGGAAAGAAGAUGUUUCUGAUCACCAACAGCCCCUUGGACUUUGUAGAUAGAGGAAUGAACUACAUCGUUGGAAAAGACUGGAGGGACCUAUUCGAUGUGGUCAUAGUGCAGGCUGACAAGCCAAGUUUCUUUAACGACCGCAGAAAGCCAUUCAGGCGAGUUACUGAUAAAGGAGUGUUGCUGUGGGACAGGAUUCACCAUCUGGAGAAAGGGCAGAUUUAUAAACAGGGAAACUUGUAUGAGUUCUUGAGACUUACUGGCUGGAGGGGCUCAAAGGUUUUGUACUUCGGAGACCACAUCUACAGUGACCUUGCAGAUCUGACUCUGAAGCAUGGCUGGAGGACUGGGGCCAUCAUCCCUGAGCUGCGAAAGGAGAUCAAGAUCAUGAACACAGAGGAAUAUGUGCAUACCAUGACCUGGUUGCAGAGCUUGACCAACCUGCUGGAACACAUGCAGGUGCACCGAGAUGCUGCGUCACAGGCCGUGAUUCAGCACUGGGUCAAAGAAAGGGAGGACAUGAGAUCCCAGGCAAAAGACAUCUUCAACCCUCAGUUCGGAAGUCUUUUCCGCACAUAUCACAAUCCAACCUACUUUUCCCGCCGCCUCUCCCGCUUCGCUGACAUCUACAUGGCUUCCAUCAGCUGCCUGCUCAACUAUGAUUUGCAGCAUACUUUCUACCCCAGACGCACUCCGCUGCAACACGAGGCCCCCUUCUGGCCUGAGCAGACCAGUGCAGGGGCCAUGAACAUACCCUUCCAGAGCACGCGAGCAGGAUCUGAAUAAGACUGGACAGAUGACAGGUGGCGUUACUGUUAUAGAGCAGAAUAUAUAUCUAUAAUGUGUAUAUUUAUACACCACAGUGCGACUGCUGUUACUAGUGUUUAAAGUAAUAGUCUGACGAAAGCUUAUUUACACAGUUUGGCGCUGACCCAAGGUGACGUGUAUGGAGUCUAAAUUUAGCAUGUUUCAUUUACGACUUGAGCUACAUGUAAACAUUGUAAAUGAACACUAGAACCCAGUAGUCAUCCAAAUAGCCCAGAUAGUUUCUGUGUAAAUGCAUCACCAAAACUUCUCCCACCCUGUUCAAACUGCAUCUAAGACCUGUAUAUAAAUAAAUAAAAAAAACUGUAGGUAACCUUUUUAGACAACAGGAUCUCUAACCAUAAACCACUUUAGGAUCAGCAGUGCUGAUGUAGUAUCAGUUUUUGUGACCGUGACUAUCAUGAAUAUGAAGGAAUUCAUAUUUUAAUUUAUACCUGCUUUAAUGUAUAACUGCUUUUUUAAUACCACCCUGAAAUGGCUCCCACAAUGGUGAAGUUUUAUCCAUCUACUCUGGACAAACUUAAUGAAGACCUGGAUGCAGUUUAAGCUAGUUGAGAGAAGUUUUUAGGGAUGAAUUACAGAAACGAUUUGGGUGACUAUUGAGUUCUGGUGUUUGUUAGCUAUAUGGAGCUACAAAGCUAAAUGCUAAAAUGAAGAUGCCAAACAUGGCUUAGCUAAUCGACUACACCUAGGGCAAGUAGAAAAUAGUGUAAAUUUGUUGGGUUUUUUUUUUUUUUUUGCCAAACGGUUUCUUUAAGCAGACAAAUCAGCUGCAUAAAUGUGGUAUUGACUGAUGCUGGAGUUUAAACGACCUUGUACCGUUUUUUUUGGGGUUUUUUUGCAUGUUUUCUUGAUGUGUUUUUUUUAAAUGGUAGAGUUCAGCUAUUCUAGGGUAUACAAUCAUGCAGUUGUACGCUAAUGUUGCCAGUCAAAGAUUCACAUUGUGUCCGUGUUACUUAUUUAAAAAAAGAAUGUAAGAGUGGGUCACUUUUCACCAGGCAUAAAACACAGCCAUAGCUCUUUAGUACUUAAAGCUGUCACUACCUUUUUAUAUUUACAGCAUAUUUGAACUUUUUGUGAAUGUUUUGGUCUUCAGUUAGUGUCUCUUAAUUAACUGGAGAAUUGAAAUGCAUAUUUUUGGAUUGUUUUUAUUGAUUUGUAGCUAAAGUGUUUGCUCUUUUAUCAGAAUAUGCCUCAGUGUGGUGGAGAUUUAAAAAUAAGCAGUAGCUUCGCUUUGUGUUCAGUGCAUCUCUAUCUGCUCUGCUCAUAGAAAAUGGGACUACUUGUGUUCUUCUUUUCUGGCUUUACAUGCUUGCUGAAAAGAGCUCUCUAAUUUAUUUAUAUAUAUAUAUAUAUAUAUAUAUAUAUAUAUAUAUAUAUAUAUAUAUAUGUGUCUAACUUUCCCUUCUGCUGUUUUUCAAACCCAAAUCCUAACCCUAACUCAGGGAUGGAUUGUUCUAGAGGGCCACAGCACUGUACAGUUUAUUUUCCCUGCUCUUGUUGUGAUGCCCAAAAACUAGCAUUGGAUCAACAGCAGAGCCUCUUAAUAUCGAUACCAUUGAGCACACCACCAAAGUGAACAGCAAACUGAAGUAUGGCAUUUUCCUACAGCAUUGAAAUGAAGAAAGAGCUUAUCUUUCAUAGCAUUUUAAACUUGUUUUGUAGUUUUGCUUUGUGUCCUAAAAAUAUAAUGCGCACACAUUCUAGCCAGUUACAAAGUUUUAUGAAAGUUUUAUGCAUAAGUGCUUUAGAUGCCUGUAAGACUGUAUAAAACCUGGUGUUCUCUAUUAAAUGCCUUUUAUGCUUUUAUUUAUGCAUUGUUUUGAUUUACUGCAUUUUCUGCUUAAAGUAAUUUUAAUAUUAUUGAUUGUUUAUUGACUAUAGAUUACUGUGUAAUUAGAGCUUUCUGUCUUUAAAAAUGAGGCCCAAGUGCUCACUUUCAUUCUGCGAUCUGAUGUUUUCUGUGUAUGUAUCUUCUAUCUGGUUAUCUUGUUGUCAUUUUGCUCAGUUUUCCUGACCAGUGUAUUGUAAAACUUUCUUUUUCUGGCCAGCUUUCAACACAACAUGACACGAUACAUACAUGUUUAUCACUCGUGAAGGAACUGAAAUAGCGUUGCACUUGAUUUUGUUUUUUGUUUUUCAGAUAUGGCGUUACAAAGUUAAUUUUGUGUGUAUGCUCAAUGAACGGAAGUAGCUGUUUUUCUUUCUUAUGAAUGAAAAGGGACAGACUGAUUGGUUGGACCCCUGACAAAAUAGCCUUGAGUGACUACAGUAUUCUGUGGUUGUUUUGACUUUUGUUUGAAGUUUACUGGAUUUAUUUUGUGAUCACCCCCAUUCAGAAUGGGUUGUGUGUGUGUGUGUGUGCGUGUGUGACGUUUAUUAAACAAUUUCUUGAAAGAUU